UGCGAGGGGAAGGGAAGGCUCCGCUCCCUGUCCCCGGACCUUUCGGGAGCCGGGAGGAGCCGAGCCAGGCCGGGAGGAGCCGGGCAACGGGAAUAAGGAUGCUGUUUCCCCUGCCCCUGAGGGUGGCCUGCAGUCUGCUGGGCUGGUUCUCCCUCUACAAGUGGUUCUGCCACCGCUACAGGCACCGGAAUUCCGAGUGGAGCUGCAGGCUGGUCACCCUGACCCAUGGCAUCCUUGCCACCUGCCUCUCUGCUUACAUUGGCUUCAUUGAUGGGCCCUGGCCUCUGAGUCACCCAGGGUCGCCCAACACAACCCUUCAGGUGCACGGGCUGUGCCUUAGCCUGGGCUACUUCCUCUUCGACCUGUGCUGGUGCGUGUACUUCCAGACGGAGGGUGCCCUGAUGCUGGCCCACCACCUGGUGAGCAUC